AGCUGUGCAUGUAAGUAGGAAGAAGAUAGGGACAGUAAAACCCCCAUAACCCAACACCUUCGAUAGGCCCUUUAACUCCGAGGUCGCCAUGCAGAAGGCCAAGCGAACUGUGGAGACGGAGUACGCUGUGGUGGGCACCUGGGAAGAUACAAAUAUUACGCUCUCCGUACUGGAGGCCUACAUACCACGAUUUUUCCGCCAUGCCAAAGUGGCCUACUACUUGGGCAAAGACCGUCUGUCGCGAGUAAAUCGCAACAAUGUCACUCGAAUCGUCAGCGACGAAACUCGACUUAUUUUGAGGAAAAAUCUUACCAACGAGAUCGAGUUUUACGAGUUUUGCAAACAGCGUUUGUAUCUUCAGUAUGCUGCGUUAAACCAUGGAAAGCGAUUUGGGGAGGAUGACUACCUUUUGGUGCCCGAACAGCAAAACGAUUACAACGAGGAGUAUUAGUAGGGACUUAGACUAAUUUAAUAAGUGAAAAGCCAGUAUGAACUCAGGACUGUAUAGAACAUACAAAAUAAAAGAAACUGAACACUAUGCUACCCUUGUGUUGAUCUUACGUAGAAGAAGGCACUUCAAUGGAAGCAACUUUCAAACAGGA